AUGGUUGCAUUGCGAUCUGCAGCUUUCGUCUUAUGGUUUGCCAUCUCACUCCUCGCUUCCGCUGGUGAGUCUCAUGUUAUCCAACUACGCAGAUCCCACGCCCAACAUACGGGUAGCAACUACGCCCACCUAAGCUCCAUGAAGCCAGCAACCACGCCUACUGCGAAACAUGGCUUAUUCCCAGGCCAGCAGCCAGUCUGCUCAUGCGUCAUUUCGCAACGAGUGAACGUAGAUACUGUCGAGCAACAAACAACAAUACUGCAUGAGGACGAAAUAGCUGUCUAG